UAUACAAAUGCCAUAAGACAUCCUUAUAGAUUUGCACUUCGCUUAUGGACAUUUCUACAAUGGAGAGAACUGUGUUGUAGCUGUGGCCCAAGGACAUUACCAUCUAAUGCCCAGAGACUACGGGGUGGAUGUGGAAGGUUCCAAAGAACAGGAGCACUCAGCAAGUCUGCAGACACCCUGGACCAUGGAAACAAGCAGGCUUUGAAAAGCACAGCUUUGAGGGCACUCCAUGAGUCUGCACGGCUUUCAAGAGGACUAGCACUUAAGACCUUGUGUAACAAAAUGGACACUGGGGACACAGCUCUAGGACAAAAAGCUACCUCAAGGUCUGGAGAAACUGAUAAAGCAUCAGGUAGAUGGAGACAGGAGCAAUCAGCUGUUAUUAAGAUGAGCACUUUUGGCAGUCCAGAAGGACAGCGGCAACCGCAGAUAGAUCCUGAGCAAAUUGGAAACACAGCCUCAGCACAACUCUUUGGCUCUGGGAAACUGGGCUCACCCGGGGAAGCAGCACAGCAAGUCACAGAGAAGCAAUACCCGCCACACCGCCCAAGUCCUUACUCAUGCCAACACUCACUCUCUUUCCCUCAGCACUUGUUACCACAGGGGCUCAUGCACAGCAACAAGCCCCACCAGAGCCUCGAAGGCCCUCCAUGGCUUUUCCCUGGCCCUUUGCCCUCUGUUGCCUCCGAGGACUUAUUUUCUUUUCCUCUGCAUGGCCACAGUGGUGGCUAUCCUAGAAAAAAGAUUUCAAGUCUGAAUCCUGCAUACAGCCAAUACUCCCAGAAAAGCAUCGAACAGGCAGAAGAUGCUCACAAGAAAGAGCAUAAACCCAAAAAGCCCGGCAAGUACAUCUGCCCUUACUGCAGCAGGGCGUGCGCCAAACCAAGCGUACUGAAGAAACACAUCAGGUCCCACACCGGCGAGCGGCCGUAUCCGUGCAUACCCUGUGGCUUCUCUUUCAAGACAAAGAGCAAUUUGUAUAAGCACAGGAAGUCACAUGCCCAUGCAAUUAAGGCAGGUCUAGUCCCUUUCACAGAAUCAGCUGUAUCUAAAUUGGACCUAGAGGCUGGUUUUAUUGAUGUAGAGGCGGAAAUACAUUCAGACGGUGAACAGAGCACAGACACAGAUGAGGAGAGUUCUCUAUUUGUUGAGGCUUCUGACAAAAUGAGUCCUGGCCCACCAGUCCCGUUGGAUGUUGCCAGCAGAGGCAGCUACCAUGGGUCAUUGGAAGAAUCGCUGGGAGGUCCAAUGAAGGUGCCGAUUUUGAUUAUCCCCAAAAGUGGGAUUCCUUUACCUAGCGAAAGCUCUCCGUAUAUUGGCUCUGAUGUGCUACCAAAUCCAUCUUUAACUACUAAGGCUGAUGAUUCUCACACAGUUAAACAGAAACUUGCACUAAGACUGUCAGAGAAAAAAGGACAAGACUCUGAGCCAUCUCUAAACCUUCUGAGCCCGCACAGUAAAGGCAGCACUGAUUCCGGUUACUUUUCCCGCUCAGAAAGUGCAGAGCAGCAAAUCAGCCCUCCAAACACAAAUGCAAAGUCUUAUGAAGAAAUCAUCUUUGGAAAAUACUGCCGGCUUAGUCCCAGAAAUACACUCAGUGUUACAACCACAAAUCAGGAGCGUGCCACGAUGGGCAGGAAGGGCAUGAUGGAAUCAUUACCUCACGUGAACACCAGGCUAGACAUCAAAAUGUUUGAAGAUCCCAUUUCGCAGCUGAUCCCAAGCAAGGGAGACAUUGACCCCAGUCAAACAAGCAUGCUGAAAUCCAGCAAAUUCAACAGUGAGUCCAGACAACCCCAGAUUAUUCCAUCUAUCAGGAAUGAAGCAAAACUUUUUCCUGCGAAUUUCCAAGGCAGCAACCCCAUUCUCUUAGAAGCCCCUUUAGACUCUCCACCCCUCAUUAGAAGCAACUCGAUGCCAACCUCUUCAGCAACGAAUCUAAGUAUUCCUCCUUCUUUGAGAGGAAGUCACUCAUUCGAUGAGAGGAUGACAGGCCCCGAUGAUGUGUUCUAUCCAGGGACUGUAGGAUUGCCCCCUCAGCGCAUGUUACGAAGACAAGCUGCCUUUGAGCUGCCUUCAGUACAGGAGGGGCACACGGAGGCAGAACAGCAUGGCAGGAUGUCCAAGGGUAUUGCAGGUUCAUCCUUGAAGGAAAAGAAAUUGAUUCCUGGUGACAGGGGUGGGUAUGACUAUGAGGUCGGCCGGAAACCCUACAAGAAGUGGGAAGACUCUGAAACACCAAAGCAAAGCUACAGGGACGUGUCCUGCUUAAGCUCUUUAAAACAUGGUGGAGAAUAUUUUAUGGAUCCCUCGGUGCCAUUGCAAGGAGUGCCAACCAUGUUUGGAACUACAUGUGAAAAUAGAAAACGCCGGAAAGAGAAGAGUGUAGGAGAUGAGGAGGACACCCCCAUGAUUUGCAGCAGUGUUGUAAGCACACCUGUGGGUUUAAUGACUUCAGAUUAUGACCCCAAAUUGCAGAUACAGGAAGGAGUGAGAAGUGGAUUUGCCACAGCUGGACAUGAGAACCCUCUGCAUGGCCCCUCUGAGCACUUUGACCUGUGUCGACCCCAACCGCACUCUGGAAGUCCAUCUCUUGGGCCAGAGGAGUCACCCAUAGCCACUGAUUUGGACAAGAUGUCAGACCUCGGGGGCAGGAAACCUCCUGGAAAUGUGAUAUCCGUUAUUCAGCACACCAACUCACUGAGCCGACCCAAUUCUUUUGAGAGGUCUGAGUCAGCUGAACUUGUGGCCGGCACACAGGAUAAAGCCUCCUCACCUUCUGAGACCUGUGACAGCGAGAUUCCAGAAGCACCAGUAAGUCCAGAGUGGGCUCCACUGGGGGACGUUGCGGAAAGUGGGGGGAAACCUCCCCCUUCUCAGCAGGCUCAACAGCAGUCCUACCACACGCAGCCCAGGUUGGUUCGCCAGCACAACAUUCAGGUUCCUGAGAUUCGUGUGACCGAGGAACCUGAUAAACCAGAGAAGGAGAAAGAAGUCCAGAGCAAAGAGCCAGAAAAGCCUGUGGAGGAAUUUCAGUGGCCUCAGAGAAGCGAGACCCUGUCCCAGCUCCCAGCUGAGAAGUUGCCACCCAAGAAGAAGCGUUUGCGGCUUGCAGACAUGGAGCACUCCUCGGGCGAGUCCAGCUUUGAAUCCACAGGCACAGGCCUCUCCCGCAGCCCCAGCCAGGAAAGCAACUUGUCCCACAGCUCCAGUUUUUCCAUGUCUUUUGAAAGGGAAGAAACCAUUAAGCUAGCUGCACCUCCUAAGCAAGAUGAGUUUGGGAAGCAUUCAGAGUUUUUGACUGUCCCUGUGGGCUCAUACUCAUUGUCUGUCCCAGGCCACCACCACCAAAAAGAGAUGCGGCGCUGCUCAUCUGAGCAGAUGCCCUGCCCUCACCCAACUGAAGUCCCAGAAAUUCGGAGCAAGUCAUUUGAUUAUGGAAAUCUGUCCCAGGCUCCAGUGGCCGGGGCAUCAGGCUCCACGUUAUCCCCAUCACGAGAGAGGAAGAAAUGCUUUCUGGUACGGCAGGCUUCCUUCAGUGGCUCCCCAGAGAUCACCCAGGGUGAGGCCAGCAUGGACCUGAGCGUAAAGCAGGAGCAGAUGGAGCACCUGCAUGCUGGCCUCAGGGCCGUAUGGCACCAUGCCCCAUCCUCUCUGCUGCCUCCUCUCCAGGCAGAGGACCCAGGGAAACAGGUGGUGGGUUCUUGUACCCAGCUGAGCUCAGGGCCACUCCACCUGGCCCAACAACAGAUCAUGCACAUGGACAGUCAGGAAUCUCUGAGAAAUCCCUUGAUACAGCCAGCAUCCUAUAUUACAAGCAAGCACUUGUCUGAACAGCCACAUUUAUUUCCACAUCAAGAGACUGUUCCAUUUUCUCCAAUCCAAAAUGCCUUGUUUCAGUUUCAAUAUCCUACUGUCUGUAUGGUUCAUUUACCAGCUCAGCAGCCUCCCUGGUGGCAGGCACAUUUCCCACAUCCCCUUGUGCAACACCCUCAGAAGAGCUAUGGUAAGCCCUCUUUCCAGGCAGAAAUUCAUCCUAGCUACCCCUUAGAGCACAUUGCAGAGCACACUGGAAAGAAAUCUGCUGAUUACGCACACACGAAAGAGCAAACUUACCCUUGUUAUUCAGGAACAUCAGGGCUACACUCGCAGAACCUUCUUCCAAAGCUUCCAUCGGACCAGAGCACUAAGUCACCUGAAACUCCCGCUGAGCAAGUUCUUCAAGAAGAUUUUGCCUCGGCAAAUGCUGGACCUUUACAGUCCUUACCGGGAACAGUGGUUCCUGUUAGGAUCCAGACGCACGUCCCGUCCUAUGGGAGCGUGAUGUACACAAGCAUUUCUCAGAUCCUUGGGCAGAACAGUCCUGCAAUUGUCAUAUGCAAAGUCGAUGAGCAUAUGACACAAAGAACUCUGGUAACCAAUGCGGCCAUGCAAGGGAUAGGGUUUAACAUUGCCCAGGUGCUGGGGCAGCAUGCAGGCUUGGAAAAAUACCCCAUUUGGAAAGUACCUCAGACCCUCCCCCUUGGCUUAGAAUCCUCAAUCCCCUUGUGUCUACCUUCCACCUCUGACAGCGUGGCCACUUUAGGAGGCAGCAAGCGCAUGCUUUCUCCAGCCAGCAGCUUAGAACUCUUCAUGGAAACAAAGCAGCAGAAGAGGGUCAAGGAAGAAAAGAUGUACGGACAGAUUGUUGAGGAACUCAGCGCAGUGGAACUAACCAGCUCAGACAUCAAAAAGGAUCUGCCCCGCCCACCAAAACCCCAGCUGGUUCGGCAAGGCUGUGCUUCUGAGCCGAAGGACGGCUCGCGGUCUGGGUCAUCUUCCUUCUCACUGUCCCCCUCAUCAUCUCAAGACCAUCCGUCUGCCAGCACGCCCUUGAGAGAGCCAUUCCCUCUCAGCUCCAGGGCACCCUCUCUGGGGCAGAAGUCCAGUGGGCCUUCUGAGAGCAGAGAGUCCUCAGAUGAAUUAGAUAUUGAUGAGACAGCAUCUGAUAUGAGCUUGAGCCCACAGAGUUCCUCACUGCCUCCAGGAGACGGUCAGCUCGAGGAGCAAGGCCAGGGCCAGAGGCUGCCCAUUGGCGUGCUGGUCCACAUGGCCUCUGGCCCCACCGGGAAGGUGGCAGACUCAACUCUUCUAUUCACGGACGUGGCAGACUUCCAGCAGAUUCUUCAGUUCCCCAGUCUGCGGACAACAACUACUGUGAGUUGGUGCUUCUUGAAUUAUACAAAACCCAAUUACGUGCAACAGGCCACCUUCAAAUCCUCGGUUUAUGCUUCAUGGUGCAUUAGUUCCUGUAACCCAAACCCAUCAGGAUUGAACACCAAGACCACUCUGGCACUUCUGAGGUCCAAGCAAAAAAUCAACGCAGAAAUUUAUACUCUGGCUGCUAUGCACAGACCUGGAACUGGCAAGCUUACAUCGUCCAGUGCUUGGAAGCAGUUUACUCAGAUGAAACCUGAUGCAUCCUUUUUAUUUGGCAGCAAACUAGAGAGGAAACUAGUGGGAAAUAUCUUAAAGGAAAGAGGGAAAGGAGAUAUUCAUGGAGAUAAAGAUAUUGGAUCCAAACAAACUGAGCCAAUCCGAAUUAAAAUCUUUGAAGGAGGGUAUAAAUCAAAUGAAGAUUAUGUAUACGUCAGAGGACGUGGACGUGGAAAGUACAUUUGUGAAGAAUGUGGGAUUCGCUGUAAGAAACCAAGCAUGCUCAAAAAGCAUAUUCGCACUCACACUGAUGUUCGGCCGUAUGUGUGCAAGUUAUGUAACUUCGCCUUCAAAACAAAAGGAAACCUAACGAAGCAUAUGAAAUCUAAAGCACACAUGAAAAAAUGCCUGGAGUUGGGAGUUUCCAUGACAUCAGUAGAUGAUACAGAGACUGAGGAAGCAGAAACUAUGGAAGAUUUGCACAAAGCAGCUGAGAAGCAUAGCAUGUCCAGCAUUUCCACUGACCAUCAGUUCUCAGACGCCGAAGAAUCAGACGGCGAAGAUGGAGAUGAUAACGAUGACGACGAUGAUGAUGACGAUGACUUUGAUGAUCAGGGAGACUUGACACCAAAGACAAGAUCGAGAAGCACUAGUCCUCAGCCUCCUAGAUUCUCCUCCUUGCCUGUGAAUGUUGGCGCUGUACCCCAUGGGGUUCCUUCAGAUAGUUCCUUGGGGCAUUCUUCAUUGAUCAGCUAUUUGGUGACUUUGCCAAGUAUUCAGGUCACGCAGCUGAUGACCCCAAGUGAUUCCUGUGAAGAUACUCAGAUGACAGAAUACCAGAGGUUAUUCCAGAGCAAAAGUAUGGACUCGGAACCAGACAAAGACAGGUUAGACAUACCUAGCUGUAUGGACGAAGAGUACAUGCUGUCUUCAGAGCCGAGCUCCUCUCCAAGAGACUUCUCACCCUCAAGCCGCCAUUCCUCACCGGGAUAUGACUCUUCACCCUGCCGAGAUAAUUCACCAAAGAGGUACCUGAUACCCAAAGGAGAUUUACCACCCAGAACACAUCUGUCACCCAGGAGAGAUCUGUCACCCCUGAGACAUCUCUCACCGAGAAAAGAAGCUGCAUUGAGAAGAGAGAUGUCACAGAGAGAUGUUUCACCCAGAAGGCAUCUGUCCCCGAGGAGGCCAGUGUCACCUGGGAAAGACAUCACAGCAAGAAGAGACCUCUCUCCCAGGAGAGAGAGAAGAUUCCUGACCACCGUAAGAGCGCCAUCUCCCAGAAGGGCUUUACACCUGAACCCACCAUUAUCCAUGGGGCAGUAUUUGCAAGCAGAACCUAUCGUACUGGGGCCUCCUAAUUUAAGAAGAGGAUUACCUCAGGUUCCCUACUUCAGUCUCUAUGGAGACCAAGAAGGUGCUCAUGAACAUCCGGGCUCCAGCCUUUUCCCUGCGGGUCCUAAUGACUAUGUCUUCAGUCAUCUUCCACUCCACUCCCAGCAACAAGUGCGAGCUCCUCUCCCCAUGGUGCCAGUUGGUGGGAUCCAAAUGGUUCACUCUGUGCCGCUGGCCCUCUCCGGUUUACAUCCUCCACCCACAUUGCCUCUGCCAGUGGAGGGCUCUAAGGAGAAGAAAGGAGCUUCAGGCGAGUCCUUUGCUAAGGAUCCCUGUGCUAUUUCAAAGCAGCAUGAGAAGGGAUCUCCUCACAGCCUGCAGUCAUCUGGUCCACCUAGCAAACCCUCCUCUCCUCGGCUAUUGACGAAACAGAGCACAUCAGAAGACAGUCUAAAUGCAACAGAGAGAGAACAGGAGGAAAAUAUACAGACUUGUACAAAAGCCAUUGCCUCCCUCCGGAUUGCCACAGAAGAGGCCGCUCUGCUUGGGGCGGAUCAGCCAGUGCAGGGGCAGGAGCCCCACCAGAAACCCUUGGAGGGUGCACAGGUUAGCAUGAGACACUUUAGUGGACCUGAGCCAGGUCAGCCCUGCACCUCAGCUGCCCACCCUGACUUGCAUGAUGGGGAAAAGGACAAUUCUGGUACAUCACAGACUGCAUUAGCUCACUCCACGUUUUACAGCAAGAGUUGUGUGGAUAACAAACAGUCGGGCUUUCAUGGCAGCAAAGAAUUAUCGUCAAGCACAGAGGAGGGCAAAGAGCCUGCAUCAGAAAAGAGUCAACUGCAUUGAUUGAAGAUGCAUGGAGACUGUCAUUUCCACAUUUUCCCAUUUUGUUUUUGUUUCUGUUUUUCUAGAAAUAAAGGUAAUCAAGUUUAUAGCAUGCCUGUCCUAAGUUACAGUAGUUUGCUAUUAUAUAUACUUUUGUUAUAUCAGAAGAAUUAGAUAAAUUAACAAGUCAUCACGAGCCUGACCAAAACAAAAUUUGAAAUUAACCUAUGGGGUCUGGUACUUUUAAAAUUGUACAGAUGUUUGUGCCUUUUCUUUACUUUGCUUAUAUUCUUAUAAGCAUUUUUUAGCAGUAAUUUGUACAUAUUUUAGAAUUUGUGUAUCUGCUUUGUAAUAAAUGUAAUUUCUUUCCUUUUUUGGACACUUGGAUCUAAAUGAUGUAAAGCAAAACAGCAUCAAUAUAUAUGUGAGGUUGCACUAAAACAUAUUUUUAUAUGAUUAAAACUGAACAGCUUUUAUGUACAGCUCUGAUUCUGUAAUACUAAUAUUUAUUUACUUUGUUUCAUAAAUUGUACAUUUUUUCUUAAUGUUGUGGAUUGCUUUUCUAUGUGAAGCAUGGGAUUUACUGCUGCGUAACUAGAACAGAAAUGUAUAUUGUAAACAAGAUAUUUAAACCUAGAGUCUCUUAUUCUGCACUUAUGCAUUAGUUCAAAAAAGAUAAAGGAUGUAUCAGUCAGUUCUUAACUCUUGUAAAUUUUUUUUGUCUCGUUUGCCGGAUUGACUAUAACUUAAGUGCUGAUUGUGAUUUUAAACUUAUAGAACCGUACAGCAUUAAAGUAAACAAUGUGCUAUUGUGAGUUUUUUCAAAGCUUUAUAAAUCAGUUAUAAAUAAUAUUAAAAGUAUUUGGUCUUAUGUGAACAUGUUGAUCUAUAUACUCAUCUGAAAAUAUGGGAAAACAUUCCGCCCCAUGUAAAUAUGUACAAGUGCAUCACUGGUACAGUUUUAUGUAACUCAGUUGGACACUAGGUUGCCCCAGACCUGUGGGAGGGUGUCAUUAAAAAUUAAAGUGACAAAGCACAUGUGACUGUGUAGAGCUUGGUUAUCGGCCGGCCCGGUGGCUUGGCAGGCAGUGCUGUGCGCUGCCCGUGGAGAAGACCUGGGCUUAGAAAUCUUGGUUCUUGCUGCACAAGAUGGUGACUGGAACUAAGGUUCCUACAGAGGGGACGCACUUGGACUCUGGGGAGUGGGGUAUGUGAGUGGGGAAGGGGCACACAGACCACAGCCAGUCCACAUGGCAACAGGGUUGGCAUCAGCUUUAGGGGAAGCCUCUUUACCCUUUUGAAGACAGAAGAGUGUCACGCUCCUGGCUAUCUCAGGGGGAAGGGGAAAAGAAGCCUUCCAGGGAAAGGAACUUGAGGGAGCAUGAUGGCUUUUGUGUACAGCCCUCAGAAAUGGGUUUUGGUUAGCCUGGAAGGUGGGCAGAGCCUUUGUUUUUAGGUCCGGAGGAAUGGAAGGGUGUUGGUUGGUUUGCAACAACAUGUGCGCACACACGCACACACACACACACACACAAAUCUGGGUUAUCUGUGCUAUAUAGUGGAUUAUCAUUCUGUGAAACUAAGUUUGUAUAUUGAAUUACAUUAAGGAGUGUUCUUUAAAAAGAGAAAUAAAUAUACAAUUACAUG